AUGGCAGCAGCCGUUGCGUCGGAAUCGACGACGCAACUGGCUCGUCUAGGUCUUUCCGAGCAAGAAUUCAAACGGAAGACGGAGCUUAUGCGACUCUAUCUUCAAGAUAACUCCGGAGCAACCUCGUUUGAUGAGUUUUGUAAACGACAACCAGCGGAGUUGCCGGAGCCUCAAAAACCGCCACCCAUCCCAAAGCCGACAGUGACAGAAGCUCCCAAGAAUACUUCGAAUGUUCAACAAAAGUCUUUCAAUCCUGCUCCUGCUUAUCCCCCUAUGGCUGUCCCACUACCCCCUGGGUCGCUUAAUCCGCAAAUGUUUGGGAUGAUGACGCCUCAUCAG